AUGUCUACGAUGCUAACUAUUCUCAUCGUGCAUGGUGGCUGGCAUAAACCUCAACACUACGAUGAGCUAAAGAAGCUUCUUGAAGAAGACGGCUAUGAGGUACAUGUCCCCCGCCUACCGUCAAGCCACGAAUCGCGCCCCCCGAAUUAUCUCUCCGAUGACACAAAAUUUGUCCGCAGCAGUGUGGAGAAACUGGUCAGGGACGGCCGCAAGGUCGUGGUUCUUAUGGAUUCGUACGGGGGUCAGGUAGGCUCGAAUGGGCUUUACGGCUUGGGUCAAGAGUUACGAUCUACUCAAGGCCAUGAAGGUGGCGUGUCACGUCUUAUCUAUAUGACGGCAUAUGCUCUCCCUGAAGGCGUCACCAUGAUGGAUAAGCCCCUGGUUGUCGGGCCUGGCCGUGACAAUGCAGAGAUUGAAGCCUAUAUCAGCGCAAUGGUGCAAUAUAAUGGAAGGUGCAUGUAUCAGCCAAGUGACCAUGCUGCUUGGUGGGAGAUUCCUGUCUCAUACAUCUAUACGUCAGCAGAUAUGACGGUGUCGCUGAACUAUCAGCAGAACUUCGUGCAGGGCCUCAAGAAGGAAGGCCGGGAGGUGCAGACUUUUGAGCUGGCCACGGGGCAUUGUCCAAACUUCACCGCCACGAAGGAGGUUGCGGACAUUGUAAAGAAAAAUGCUCUAUAA